AUGGACUUUCAAAGUGAGUUAGAGAAACAUAUAGAGAGUGCUAAUAUAAUGAUGGGAGAUUUUAAUGCACAGGUAGGCAAAGACAGAAAGGGAGUUGAGCAAGUAUUGGGAUGUUUUGGAUAUGGAGGCAGAAAUGAAGAAGGGGAAAGACUCCUGGAUUUGUGCCAGAGGAAUGGAAUGAAAAUAGCAGACAGCUGGUUUAUGAAGAGAGAAAGUCAUCUUAUCACCAGAUACAGUUGGGAUGGAAGAACCAAGAGUGUAAUUGAUUAUAUUCUAGUAAAUAGGGAAUGGGGAGAGAAAGUAACAAAUGUGAAGGUAAUUCCAAGUGUGAGUGCAGGUGGACACCAUGGAUUACUGGCGAGACAAUGGAAAAUGAAGCACUGUGUGAAAAAUAGAAAACAGAAGAAAGUGACGAGGAUAUGGGAUUGGAAACUGAAGGAGAGUGAAAGUGCUGAGAGGUAG